AUGCGUGCGGCCUCUAUUGUCUUGUCCCUGGUGGGCUCGGUCGCUACGGUCGCGGCCAAUGCUCAGGUCGCUUCUAGAAGCUCCCCAUCCUUGAAGGCUGGGUGCCAAGCUUUGAAGAAGCCUCUUGCUGAUGCACUGUUUUACCCCAACACUGCUGUUUACGAGUAUGAGGCCCAGAACUUUUGGUCGGACACUGAGAUUCUAUCUCCUGGCUGUGUGUUUCGCCCACAAUCAAGCGCCCAGCUAGCUAAGGGUCUGGAGGCCCUUGUUAAGGCUGAUGCUGAGUUUGCUGUUCGUGGUGGUGGCCAUAUGGGCAUCCGGGGCUCUAACAACAUUGACAAUGGAGUUCUGAUCGUCAUGUCAAACUUGACUACCCUGGAAUUGAACGAUGACCAAUCCGUUCUCUCGGUCGGCCCCGGAUACAGGUGGAACCAAGUGUACACGUACCUGGCCCAGUACGAUCUCACCGUCCCAGGUGGUCGUCUUGGACCCGUUGGUGUGCCCGGUCUGCUUCUCGCUGGUGGUGUCAACUUCUACGGUAACCAGGUCGGAUUCGCUUGCAACAGCGUCAUUAACUAUGAGGUUGUUCUGGCUGAUGGUUCCAUUGUCAACGCUAACUCCACCAACAACUCGGAUCUUUUCUGGGCUCUGAAGGGCGGUAGCAGCAACUUUGGUCUUGUUACCCGUUUCGAUAUUGAGACUAUUGCUUCUCGUCAGGUGUGGGCUGGUUCUUACACUGUCGCUGCUGAGUACAUUGACGUCUUCCUUGCGGCUAUUGCGACUUACGCCGCCAAUAUCUUUGAUGACAAGACCCACAUUGUUCCUGCGAUUGUUCCUGGAACUACGACUGUGGCAUCCGUGAUCUUGUUCUACGACAGCGAUAACUCCACUUUCCCUGACAUCCUCACUCCUUUCACCGAUAUCCCUGCUAUCAGCAGCACUCUUGACUUCAAGACCGUUGAGGAGUUCGCCAACGAAUUGGGUGAGGUGGUCACUCCUGGCAUCAACGAUGUAUUUGUUGCCGGAACUGUGAAGGGAACUACCUUUGCCGAACUUUACCAGGGUAUUAGCAUCAUCAACUCCACCUUCUACGAGCAGCUGCCCAAGCUGUACGCACAGAUCCCUACAGCCAAUAUCUCCAUCAUUGAGCUGGACUGGCAGCCAAUUGGUGCCGAUUGGAUCAAGGCCUCUGAGGCCCGUGGCGGAAAUGCCCUGGGCCUUGAUUCCUCCCAGGUGUACUUGUGCUAUGCUGAGGUUGUUGAAUGGAUCGGUUCUGAUUAUGAUGAGAUUGUCGCCGAGUGGGUUGAGGAGACUACCUACAAGAUCAACAAUGCUACUGAGAAGGCUGGUCUGUAUGAUGCGUUCAACUACAUGGGUGAUGCCGCCGGGUUCCAGUCUAUUUACCCUGGAUAUGGCGAGGGUAACCACCAGAAGUUGAUCAAGACCGCACAGAAGUACGAUCCCAAUGGUGUGUUCCAGACCCUGAUGCCUGGUGGUUUCAAGGUCUACUAG